GGACAUUAUCAGAGUUGAUGUUUCGCCAUUUGAACAUCCAGAAUCAAUUCUCUACUGCGUAUCAAAUCCAAAGUGUUUCAUGGAAACCUUCGCAAAAGAUAAUACACGAAUUUACGUGUAACUGCUUGAUAGAAACGGCGGUGGAUUUUGUGAAUCUGAAUGUGAUAAACAAGUCAGUGGUGAAGAUCAGAUUCUGUUUCAACUGUUCAGCUUCAUCAUGGAUGAGACUCAAACAUCCAGAGAUGGAGAUUUGUAUCCAGGAUGCAGUUCAGUUCAUCAGAGAUCAGAACCAGAGCCCAGCUGUGUGUCUAUGAGGAGUGACGCGUCUAUGGAUAUUAUAAUACAUUUUAAGAGUGAAGAUACACAGACUGAUCUCAGUUCAGUUCGUCAGAAGAGAUCAGAACCAGAGCCCAGCUGUGUGUCUAUGAGGAGUGACGCGUCUAUGGAUCAUAUAGUACAGUUUAAGAGUGAAGAUACACAGACUGAUCUCAGCCAUGAAGUCCUCAACAGGUUUAGAUCAAAUCUGAUGAAGAAGUUUGAGUGUCUGUAUGAGGGAACAGCACAGCGGGGAAACCCAACACUCCUGAAUGAGAUCUACACUGAGCUCUACAUCACAGAGACUGAGAGUGGAGACAUCAGUAAUGAACAUGAGGUGAGACAGAUUGAGACACAAUCCAGGAGAGCAGCAACAGAGGACACACCGAUCAAAUGCAAUGACAUCUUUAGACCUUUACCUGGACAAGACAAACCCAUCAGAACUGUGCUGACAAAGGGAGUCGCUGGCAUUGGAAAAACAGUCUCUGUGCAGAAGUUCAUCCUGGACUGGGCUGAAGAGAGAGAGAAUCAGGACAUCCAGCUCAUAUUUCCACUUCCUUUCAGAGAGAUCAAUCUGAUGAAGGACAAAACACUCAGUCUUUCAGAGCUUCUUCAUGUCUUUUUCCCUGAAACUAAAGAAAUAUCCAGUGACAAAUAUGAAGUGUUGUUCAUCUUUGAUGGUCUGGAUGAGUGUCGUCUUCCCUUAAACUUUCACAACAAUGAGACUCUACGGGAUCAGAGCAAAGAGACAUCAGUGGACGUGCUGCUAACAAACCUCAUUGUGGGGAAUCUGCUUCCCUCUGCUCUCAUCUGGAUCACCUCCAGACCAGCAGCAGCCGAUCUCGUCCCGUCUGAGUGUGUCCAUCGAGUGACAGAGGUACGAGGCUUCAAUGAUCCACAGAAGGAGGAAUACUUCAGGAAGAGAGUCAGUGAUCAGAGUCUGGCCAAUACAAUCAUCACACACCUGAAGUCCUCAAGGAGCCUCUACAUCAUGUGCCACAUCCCAGUGUUCUGCUGGAUCUCAGCCGCUGUUCUGGAGAAGAUGUUGAGCAAAGCAGAGAGAGGAGAGAUUCCCAAGACUCUCACUCAGAUGUACACACACUUCCUGAUCCUUCAGACCAACAUCACACAUGAGAAGGACUAUGAGAAGAACGUGACAGAUGACAUGAUCCUCAAACUGGGGAAACUGGCUUUUCAGCAGCUUGUGAAAGGUAAUGUGAUCUUCUAUGAGGAAGACCUGAGAGAGUGUGGCAUUGAUGUGACAGAAGCAUCAGUGUACUCAGGAUUGUGCACUCAGAUCUUCAGAGAGGAGUCUGGCUGGUAUCAGGGGAAAGUCUUCUGCUUUGUUCAUCUGAGUGUUCAGGAACAUCUAGCGGCUCUAUAUGUGCAUCUCUCCUGUACAAUCAACAACAGAAAUGUGUUUGACUCAAUCACUAAACAGAGUUUACUGUCUAAAGUUAAGGACUGGUUUCAGCUCAUGUUUAAACAUGUGUCAUUAUCUGCGCUGCAUCAGAGAGCUGUGGAUGAGGCUCUACAGAGUAAAAAUGGACAUCUGGAUCUUUUCCUGCGGUUUCUUCUGGGUCUGUCAGUGGAGUCUCAUCAGAUUCUUCUACAAACACUAAUGAAACAGACAAGAAGCAGAUCUGACAGCAAUGAGGAAACAGUUGAGUACAUCAAGAAGAAGAUCAGGACCAUCGACUCUCCAGAGAAAUCCAUCAAUCUGUUCCACUGUCUGAAUGAACUGGGUGAUCGUUCACUAGUGGAGGAAAUACAACAGUAUCUGAAAUCUGGAAGAAUAAAGAAAGCCAAACUCUCUUCAUCUCAGUGGUCAGCUGUAGUCUUUGUGUUGUUGACAUCAGAGGAGAAGCUGGACAAGUUUGAUAUUAAUGAUUUUGUUGGAAUAGACAAUGAAACUGAAAAACUAAAGGUUCUUCAGAAGCUGCUUCCUGUGAUUAAAGAAUCCAGAUCAGUUCAUUUGUGGGAUUGUUAUCUCACAGAUGAAGGUUUUGCUGCUCUGACUUCAGCUCUGAGAUCAAACCCUGAACACCUGAGAGAACUGGAUCUGACAUGGAAUAAAAUAGGAGAAUCAGUGAAUCUGCUGUCUGAUGUACUACAGAAUCCUCACUGUAAACUGGAGAAACUGUGGUUAUGGGAUUGUUAUCUCACAGAUGAAGGUUUUGCUGCUCUGACUUCAGCUCUGAGAUCAAACCCUGAACACCUGAGAGAACUGAAUCUGUCAUGGAAUAAAAUAGGAGAAUCAGUGAAUCUGCUGUCUGAUGUACUACAGAAUCCUCACUGUAAACUGGAGAAACUGUGGUUGAGGAAUUGUGGCGUCACAGAUGAAGGUUUUGCUGCUCUGACUUCAGCUCUGAGAUCAAACCCUGAACACCUGAGAGAUCUGAAUCUGUCAUUUAAUAAAAUAGGAGAAUCAGUGAAUCUGCUGUCUGAUGUCCUACAGAAUCCUCACUGUAAACUGGAGAUACUGUGGUUGAGGAAUUGUGGCGUCACAGAUGAAGGUUUUGCUGCUCUGACUUCAGCUCUGAGAUCAAACCCUGAACACCUGAGAGAACUGGAUCUGUCAUUUAAUAAAAUAGGAGAAUCAGUGAAUCUGCUGUCUGGUGUACUACAGAAUCCUCACUGUAAACUGGAGAAACUGUGGUUGUGGGAUUGUGGCGUCACAGAUGAAGGUUUUGCUGCUCUGACUUCAGCUCUGAGAUCAAACCCUGAACACCUGAGAGAACUGGAUCUGACUGGGAAUAAUAUUGGACAUUCAGGACUGAAGCUGCUCUCUGAACUGAAGGAUGAUCCACAUUAUAAACUGAAGACAUUACUCUACUGACUCUGUGUUUAGACGUCAGUUCAGUUUCCUCAGGAUCAGCUGAUGGUGAAUAAAGAGCCGCUACAGAGACUGAAGACACAGAAACACACAGCGAUCACACUGACGUGUGUGUGUGACUUCACACCACUUUCUUGUUUUAUAAUAGUAAUGGCUCAUGAAAAUGAGUGCUGAAAAUAGCAGCUUUGAAUUGUUUCAAGUUUAUUAGAUAUUGAUUACAAUGUAGAAGGUGAAACACUCAAAAUACGUGUCAAACGGUUAAAGUGAAAACAAGCCUUAGACAAUAGAUUUAUUGUGCAAUACAGACAGCGCUGGGAAAAGUGUUAUAAGUUUUAUCAAGAGUCUGUCUACAGAAGAGAUACUGUAAAUUAUACCAGCGAGGAAGACAAAGAUUAUGCAAAUAAUUUCACUGAACAUUUAUUUCUGUCAAAUAUGUUUUUUAUUAUUAAUCUAUUUUUUUAUAUGAUGAUCUAUUAAUGUUUCCAAAUAAAUCUUCACAUUCUUUUA